UCCCGCCUUCAGAUCACGCGCAGACCCGUUGCUCCGCACCCGCGGCCCUGCCCUCCACUCGCAGGUGCUCGGGCUGGGUGGCAGCGCCAUGGAACGCAGAAAGACCUGCGAACGCGGCACGUCGCCCGGGCAACCGGGGACCACAAAACCUUUCCAAGGCGGCGGCGGCGGCGUGGCGGAUGCGAUGAUGUCCAACCCCGAGCCUGGUCUGCCCCUUCUGCCGGGCACAUCCUGUGCGGACCCCACGAAAACAGACUUCCAUAGAAGCCAGACACUGAGCUACACACAUGGCUAUGCAAUGGCUCGUCGUCCAACGGUUGGAAUAGGCGGGGACCGGCUCCAGGUCAACCAGCUGUCCCAGGCUGACCUGGAUGAGUUGGCCAAUAAAGCACCACUUCUAACUUAUGGUGAACCUAAGCCGGCUGCACCUCCGGAAUUUAUCCCUGCGCAUGUGGCUUUUGACAAAAAGGUACUGAAGUUUGAUGCCUAUUUUCAAGAAGAUGUUUCUAUGUCCACUGACGAACACUAUAGGAUCCGUCAAGUGCACAUUUACUACUACCUGGAAGAUGACAGCAUGUCAGUCAUGGAGCCCCUUGUGGAAAACUCUGGGAUCCCUCAAGGCAAGCUGAUCAAACGUCAGCGCUUACCCAAGAACGACCGAGGAGACCAUUACCAUUGGAAAGACCUAAACCGAGGAAUAAACAUUACAGUUUAUGGCAGAACUUUCCACAUUGUUGACUGUGAUGGAUUCACACAGGAAUUUUUGGAAAGCCAAGGAAUUGAAUUAAAUCCACCUGGGAAGAUGGCUCUGGAUCCUUACACAGAACUUCGGAAACGGCCUCUUCAUCAGUAUGUCACUCCAUCGGACUUUGAUCAACUCAAGCAGUUUCUCACCUUUGACAAACAAGUUCUUCGAUUCUAUGCAAUCUGGGAUGAUACAGACAGCAUGUUUGGUGAAUGUCGGAAGUACAUCAUUCAUUACUAUCUUAUGGAUGAUACAGUAGAAAUUCGAGAGAUCCAUGAACGGAAUGAUGGGCAUGAUCCCUUCCCGGUCCUGAUGAACCGCCAGCGUAUGCCCAAGAUUUUGGUGGAUGCAAAGAACUUCCCUAAGUGUGUGCUGGAAAUCUCCGAUCAGGAGGUGCUGGAAUGGUAUACUGCCAAGGACUUCAUCGUUGGGAAGCCUCUCACUAUCCUCGGGAGAACCUUCUUCAUUUACGAUUGUGAUCCGUUUACUCGACACUAUUACAAAGAAAAGUUUGGAAUCUCUGAUUUACCGUGUAUUGACGUAAGCAAGAAGGAACAACCUCCUGUAAAACAGGAAUUACCUCCCUAUAAUGGUUUUGGACCAGUCGAAGAUUCUGCUCAGAAUUGUUUUGUUCUCAUUCCAAAAGCUCCGAAAAAAGAUAUUAUUAAAAUGCUGAUGAAUGAGAACAAGGUGCUUCGUUUUUUGGCUUCACUGGAAUCCCCCUACCCAGAAGACAAAGGCCGCCAAUUUGUCUUCUCUUAUUUUCUAGCCACUGACAUGAUCAGUAUCUUUGAGCCUCCUGUUCGCAAUUCUGGUAUCAUUGGGGGCAAGUACCUUGGCAGAACAAAAGUUGCCAAACCACACUCUCCGCCAGGAAACCCCAUCUACUAUGGCCCUAGUGACUUCUUCAUUGGCGCCGUGAUUGAUGUGUUUGGCCACCGGUUCAUCAUCCUGGACAUAGACGACUAUGCCUUGAGAUAUAUGGAAAGUAAUGCUGCCCAGUAUUCACCAGAGGCACUCUUGUCGAUUCAGAACCAUGUUCAAAAGCAAGAAGCUUCUGCACCAAAGUUGGAAAAAAAGGCAAUGGGAGUGGAUCCAAGCAUGCAGGAACUGGAGGCAUUAAUAGACAGAAUCCAGAAGCAAGUGAAAGACCAUCCCUGCAGAGAUAACAUUCGAGAGGCAUUCCAAGUUUAUGACAAGGAGGCGACAGGAUUCGUGGACAAAGAGGAGUUCUUUAAAAUCUGUAGCACUCUCAGCAUCCCAGUUGAUGAUUCCUUGACUAAGGAGUUAAUCAGGAUGUGCUCUCACGGAGAAGACAAGAUCAACUACUACAACUUUGUCCGGGCUUUCUCAAACUGACCAGGCUGAGGAGAGGGCCCACUAGUGUUUUGAGGUUGGACCUACACUUUGAAAUAUACCGUGUGUUCUUUGUAGAGGCUUGAAAGUAUAU